AUGUCCCAAGACACGUCUGCUGGCAGCACUGUGCUGGCUCCUCUACCCAAACGAUCAACAUUUCCACGAACCAUCAGUGAACUUGUCACGACCCAGCUCGUGCCCGGUAAUAUGGCUAAGAGUCAGGCUCUUCACACCAAUAUGGGUGUGGAUUAUGUCAUCGUCUUCCGUUUCCCUCCAGAAGGUAUCCAGAUCCGAUGAUAAAUGGCGUGGACAGCUUGCUGAUGUGACCGUACACAGACAAAAUCAAGGCUGCCUCAAAUUUUGAGAAGCUAUGCCAGAAGCUAUCCUCGGCAGGUCUUGCAACGGAAGCACGCAAUGGCGAGAACAACUCCGUUCUGCUCUUCGUCAAGGUCGCCAGUGAUGAGCACAUGCACGCCGAGAUCUACCGCAGUCGUGUAAAAGACUGGAUCCAUGGCGUACGAUCCGGAGAGCCACCUCGUGAUGUCCGGGCUUCGUUGGAGCAAGACCCAUUGACAGACGCAGAGCGACUCCGUAUCAUCUACCAACUGAUCACCAACCACGAGAGCGAAGGCGGCGCCGGCAUCAAGCCCAAGUCGGAGGAUUGGAAGUAUGUUGAGAGCAUCUUCGCCCUACACGAUCACACGUACAACAAGCAGUGGAUUCAGAAGUGGUCGACAGAGUAUCAAGUCAAAUCUGAAGAUCUGGAUGAGAUUCGCGACCGCUUUGGAGAAAAGGUCGCCUUCUACUUCGCCUUUGAACAGACCUACUUCAACUUCUUGAUUGCACCUACUGCGGUUGGCUUCUUAGCUUGGCUGUUCCUUGGCUCCUUUAGUCCCAUCUAUGCCGUGGCUGCUUCGCUCUGGUCGAUUGUCUUUGUUGAGUGGUGGAAGCAUCAGGAGCGCGACCUUGCCAUAAGGUGGGGAGUGCGCGGCGUCAGCAACAUUGAAAGCAAGCGACACGACUUCGUUGCUACCACAGAGUUCGAGGAUCCAGCCACCGGAGAGACGCAGCGCAUCUUUCCUUGGAGCGAGCGUCUCAAGCGCCAACUCCUGCAGCUACCCUUCGCACUGGCCGCAACUCUGGUUCUUGGUAGUCUCAUCUGCCUCUGCUUCGCCAUCGAGAUCUUUAUUGGAGAGGUUUACGUUGGGCCAGGCAAAUCGAUUCUCACCUUCACACCCACGGUCAUCUUAACGACCUGCUUGCCUCUUCUCACGGGAGUCAUGUCCACUCUUGCGAAGCGGUUGAACGACUACGAGAAUUACGAAACAGAAUCCCAGUAUGAGAGAUCGCACACCAUUAAGUUGUUCGUCCUGGACUUCAUCACCUCGUACCUUGGCAUCAUGCUCACCGCUUUUGUCUAUGUUCCGUUUGGCAGCGUCCUUGUGCCCUACUUGGACGUCUUUACUCAGAUCUUCUCAAAGGAGAAUGUAAAAUUCAAGACCAAGGCCGUCGACCACUUCACGAUCAACCCGGAUAGGCUCCGAAAGCAAGUCAUCUACUUUGCCGUGACGGCUUCCAUCAUUAACUUUGCCAUGGAGGUGCUCGUUCCCUACUUGAAGCGACAAGGCUUCCUGAAAUUCAAAGAGAUGACCGCGAAGCGUAAUGGCAACGGUUUGCAACCAUCAGCUUCGGCAGAAGACCAUGCGGAGGAGAAGGAAUUCCUUGAUCGUGUUCGCAGCGAAGCCGAACUACCUGCCUACGAUGUCUACACUGACCUCCGCGAGAUGAUCAUCCAAUUUGGCUAUCUGAGUCUCUUCAGUGUUGUUUGGCCACUCGUUCCGGCUAGCUACCUGGUCAACAAUUGGUUUGAGAUUCGAGCAGAUGCUGUGAAGAUCUGUGUGGAAAUGCAACGCCCUACACCUUGGAGAGCCGACACCAUUGGACCAUGGCUUGACGCGCUCAGCUUCCUGACUUGGCUGGGCAGCAUCACAAUGGCAGCCCUCACAUACAUGUUUUCGAAUGAUGGUGUCGGCCCAGAUGGACGGCCGCACGACAUCAAAGGAUGGGGUCUUCUCCUUGCCAUUUUCUUCAGCGAGCACCUCUAUCUCUUCAUCCACAGCCUGGUUGCCAGCGCCAUCUCUCGCAUCGAUUCCCCAGGACGCCAAAAAGAGCGGAGAGACCGGUAUGUCACACGCCAGAAGCUGAUCCAGGACAGCCUGGAGAAGCUUCCGCGUACGCGGACCAUCGACCUGAACGACGAGAAGCCAAUCACGAGGGAUACGCUGGAGGAGGAGCAGAGAAUGGCAAGCCUGAAGAGCGCCACUCCCACGGAGAGGUUCUGGGCCCGACAGCAAGGAUGGCGGGAGAGUGCCCAGAUUGGCAAGGGCUUCAUCGACAAGGCUGUUGCGGAGGACGCAGCUAAGGACAAGAAGGAGCUAUAA